UGAGGCCUACGCUUUAGGUAAGAAGGAGAGGCCUCCGUUCGUCCCCAGGGACCAGUCCAGUUCCGAGGAAGACGAGGAUCCAGUCCCUGAUGAGCUCCUCUGUUUGCUCUGUAAAGACCUGAUGACUGACGCUGUGGUCAUUCCCUGCUGUGGCAACUCCUACUGCGACGACUGUAUCCGUACGUCUCUGCUGGAGUCAGAGGAACAUGUGUGUCCCACCUGUAGCCAAUCGAAUGUCUCCCCUGACGCGCUCAUAGCCAAUAAGUUCCUGCGCCAGGCGGUAAAUAACUUUAAGAAUGAGACCGGUUACACCAAACGCAUGAUGACGAGAGUAGCCCAGCCCCCCGUCGUCCCCACCCCUACCCCUCCUCUUCAGCCUCAUUCCCGCCCUCAGUGCCCGCUCCAGCCUAUCCGGAGCCAGCAGGACCCUCUCAUGCCCCGCCCCUCAGCCUUAGACACGCCACCAUUGGCUCAGCAGCAGGUUGGCCCGCCCCUCAGAGUCGGGAACCAUAAUAACUCCUCCCACAUGGCUGCUGGCUCCUCCUAUAACUCAACGGGUCCCUCCCCCCAGCACCCAACCAAUCACAACAACACACUUAUGCUAAAAGAGCCAGAGAGUGGGGGAGUUCAGUCUGUGGUGGUCUCAGCCGACCCCCCUCUUGCCACUGCCCCCAUGGCCAAGGAAUACCAUGUUCCAGUGAUGAGCCAGUCUGACGGUCACUCCCUGCAGAGGACAGGUAACCCCCCACUACCCCAACCCCAGUCUGACGGUCACUCCCUGCAGAGGACAGUACCCCCCCCACUACCCCAACCCCAGUCUGACGAUCACUCCCUGCAGAGGACAGGUAACCCCCACUACCCCAACCCCCACCCCCAGUACCCCACCCCCAACCCCCGUCUGACAGUCACUCCCUGCAGAGGACAGUACCCCACCCCCAACCCCCACCCCCUUCUGACAGUCACUCCCUGCAGAGGACAGGUAACCCCCCACUACCCCCACUACCCCAACCCCAGUCUGACAGUCACUCCCUGCAGAGGACAGGUAACCCCCCACUACCCCAACCCCAGUCUGACAGUCACUCCCUGCAGAGGACAGGUCCUCCUCCCAGACUUUCUGAAGGACCAUCCCAUUGGGACAGGUACAGCCCCUCCGGUCGUGGCAGGAACCAUAGCGACCGUGCCCCUCCCUCCCAGCCUCCGCCCACCAACGUGCCACCCCUUCUCUACAACCCUCCCUCCAUUUUCUCCUCCCCUCUUCCCCAUCCCCCAGGUGUCAUACCCCCCCACUACCCCCUCCCCACUUCCCCGGGCAACAGCCCCCUCCAGCUACUCCCUGCCCCCUCCUGGCUACCCCCUACCCCAGGAGUCACCAACCCCCUGGGUGCCCCCCAACACCCAGCCCCCCCUCGCCGGGAAGCCAAUCCCCUCCUCUUCCUUCCUGUCCAAGGAUGAGUUCUACAGACAACAGAAGAGGCUGAAGGAUAACUCCGACUGUCGCUACGGUAACCGGGAAAAGUCCAAGCUGGAUGAGUUCACCAACGACUUUGCCAAGGAGCUGCUGGAGUACAGAAAGAUCCAGAAGGAGAGACGACGCUCUUAUUCCAGGUCUAGGUCGUCCUACAGUAGCUCAUCCUACUCCAAAUCCCGUUCCCGUUCUCGUUCAUACUCCCGUUCCUCCAGUCGAUCCAGAUCCCGUUCCAGAUCCCGUUCCAGAUCCCGUUCCAGGUCUUACUCCCGCUCCUCUCCGUACUCCCGCCGCCACGGACGACCUCGCGGCUACCGCUCCCGUUCCCGUGGCUACCGCCGAUCACGCUCGCCGCCGCCUUUCAGGGACGGGGGAGGGGCGGGACGGGGGAGAGGACGGGGACGAGGUUACCGGUCACGCUCUAGAUCACCUGGCCAAGGGGGGUACCGGACCCACACUCCUCCACCCCCAAGCUCCCGGAAGCCUGCCGCUGCUGGAGCGCCACCGGAGGGUGAGAGGAAGUACCCGGGCCGGACCCGGGAGAGGGAUCGGGAGCCUGCCGCUGCUGGAGCGCCACCGGAGGGUGAGAGGAAGUACCCGGGCCGGACCCGGGAGAGGGAUCGGGAGCCUGCCGCUGCUGGAGCGCCACCGGAGGGUGAGAGGAAGUACCCGGGCCGGACCCGGGAGAGGGAUCGGGAGCCGGCGGUGUACGACUGGGGUCCAGAGCACAAAGACCCGUACGAGAGGGAGAGGUACCGGGAGUGGGAGAAGGAGUACAGGGAAUGGUAUGAGAAAUACUUCAAAAACUACAACUCCCACAACCCUCCUCCCAAUAACCCCCCUCCCUACAGGGGCCGACCCCCCCUUGGUUUCGCCCCUGCCCCUGUGGCACCCCCAGCCGGACGAGACAGAGACCCCUACAACCCUCCUCCACCCUCGGACUUCUACCCAUCCCCCCGACACCGCCUGGACCGUGGAUCCUCCCCCUUCAGUCGAGGGAGGAGGCGAAGUGAGGGCUUUCCCCCUCCCCCCUCACACCCCUCCCCCAGGGGCAGGAACCAGCCAAUGACUUACCAGGAGAAGUGUGCUGAGCAGUUUGGAACUCUGCCGCUGUCCCGGUCAGCCAAUCAGGAUCAUCAGAUGCCACUGAAGGUCGCAAAGGGUGAGAGAGAUCCGUCGUCAAGCGUCGCCUCUCCCGCGGUCACUGUGACCUCCGACCUGAAAGAGCAGAAGCACAGGAAGAGGAAGAAGAGGAAGACUGAGCAGGGGAGAGGGGGAGGGGAGUCCUUCAGUGCUUCUGACUCUACGGACGACGCUCGGAAAGAAGAGAAGAAGAAGAGAACCGGGAGUACUCCCAUUGGUUCGUCAAGCCAUGACGACUCCACCCCAGUACGGGACGAGCCAAUAGACAGCGACGCCUCAGACUCAGUCCCGGACAAAGCUGAUAGGUGGACCAGGGACAGUAAGGAGGAGGAAGUGAGGAGAAAGAGUGACAGAGUUUAUAAACGCGGACCGGACUCCAGCGUAGCGAGGAAAGACUCAUCGUCCAAGAGCUGGAAGACCGUUAGAGAGACAGACCGGGACAAGACUGGUACAGACCGGGACAAGACUGGUACAGACCGGGACCAGACUGGUACAGACCGGGACCAGACUGGUACAGACCGGGACCAGACUGGUACAGCCGGUUUAGUCUACCAGAAGACUUCUCUAACAGAACCGUCAGCCAAACGGGUCAAAGAUGAAUCUAUUCCCCUCCAACCAGACUCUUGCACCUCCCUCCAGAGAGAGAUGGAACUCCAACACCCUGCGCCCCUAGCAUCAGCUCCCAAACUACCUCUUCCUAAACCCCACGCAGACCAACUCGACACAGUUAGAAUCAACCCAGACCUAUUCAAACCGGUUAGAACCGACCCAAACCAAUUUAAACCUGUCAGAACCGACCCAGACCAGUUUAAACCUGUCAGAACCGACCCAGACCAGUUCAACACAGUUAGAACCGACCCAGACCAGUUUAAACCGGUUAGAACUGACCUGGACCAUUCCAGACCAGCCAAAGAGGAGCAGAGAGGGAAGAGAGAUCCAGGGUUUCGGCAGGACAGGGGCUCAGGGAGAGAGGACAAGCCCAGGAGAGAGGCUGACAUCAGGGUGGGUAGAGAACAGGAGAGAGACCCUGGCAAAGCUCCAGACACCAAGUCUGAGAAGAAGAGGAGGAGGAGGAAGGAGGAGGAGGAGGAGAAGAAGACGACGAGAAAGGAGGAGAGGAGUAUGUCUGAUAAGGAGAUGGAGGUGCCCCGAAUCAAAUCUCCCGGAGUGGAGCUCACCGAGACCGUAAAACCCUGCAACCUCAAACGUGACGUAGAGGAGGAGAGGGAGAGGGCUUCCGUAAGGCCUCCGAUGGAGAGUGGGAUGAAAGGAGGAGAACCCCAGAGGAAGAUUAAGCCCAACAGAGAAGAAGGGAGGAGGGCCGGCAAGCUUGCGGGCGUGGCCGGAACAGAGGCAGCCAAUCAGAGCGGCUAUAUAAAGGGAAGCGUGGAGAGGAGCAAAGCCAAGAGGAACCGUAAGGUCCUAGCGUCCGACGGACUGGGAACCACAGUGGACGACACCAGUCCUCCAGGGGGCAGUAGUCCUGUGUGUGGCGAUGGAUCAGAGGGCAGAGCAGAGCAGAGGAAGACUGUCGUUAAAACACUGGAGGAAUACACCAACGACAGCUCGGCACCUGCUGACGGACAUAUAGUACUCAUACAGGUCCCUCGCUCCAAGUGGGAGAAGGAGGACUACGAAUCAGAGGAAGAGGAAGGAGGAGGGGCCAGGGUUCAACUCCACCCCCUGCUCACCCCUUUCCCCCCUGGACCCCAUAUCACCGUGACGACGGAGACGGAGGCAGGGCGAAGGAAAGAGAGGGACUGUACCUUUUCCAAGCCAGUGAGAACUAUGUCCCCCUCUAGUGGCAGAGACAGAGAAGACGGCCUGCAGGAUGGAAAACACUCUGGAGACCCCAUCCCUUCUGAGAAAGACGGAGAGACCGAGAGAGAGAGAGAUCAGUUAAAGGAAAAGGAGCAGGAGAGGGAUAAAGAACAGGACAGAGAGCGGGGGAAAGAGAGAGAAAGAGAGAGGGAACACGGCCGUGCUUCUGACAAAGAUAUGGACAGACCGAGAAAGAUUCCCUCUUCCUCUCAGCGGCCGGAGAGGAGAGAGAGAGAAGGAGAGAGGACUGGGGAGAGAGGGAUCGACCACGUCAGUGAGAAGAGCUCCUCUCAGCGGCCGGAGAGGACAGAGAGAGAAGGAGAGAGGACUGGGGAGAGAGGGAUCGACCACAUCAGUGACAAGUACUCCUCUCAGCGGCCGGAGCGAGAGAGGAGAGAGAGAGAAGGAGAGAGGACUGGGGAGAGAGGGAUCGACCACGUCAGUGAGAAGAGCUCCUCUCAGCGGCCGGAGCGAGAGAGGAGAGAGAGGACUGGGGAGAGAGGGAUCGACCACGUCAGUGAGAAGAGCUCCUCUCAGCGGCCGGAGCGAGAGAAGAGAGAGAGGGAAGGAGAGAGGACUGGGGAGAGAGGGAUCGACCACGUCAGUGAGAAGAGCUCCUCUCAGCGGCCGGAGCGAGAGAGGAGAGAGAGAGGAGGAGAGAGGACUGGGGAGAGAGGGAUCGACCACGUCAGUGAGAAGAGCUCCUCUCAGCGGCCGGAGCGAGAGAGAAGAGAGAGAGGAGGAGAGAGGACUGGGGAGAGAGGGAGCAACCACGUCAGUGAGAAGAGCUCCUCUCAGCGGCCGGAGCGAGAGAGAAGAGAGAGAGGAGGAGAGAGGACUGGGGAGAGAGGGAGCGACCACAGCAGCGAAAAGAGCUCCUCUUCCUCCUCACACUCUUACUCACGAGAUCGUAAACCUUUUUCUUCUUCCAGGGACCACAAAGCGACCUCUGACCCCAGAGCCAGGGAGCACAGAGACCACAAACAUAAAGACCACAACGACCAGAACUCCUCCACCGUUGACCGUAACACCAACUCUACUGACCGUAGACCACUAGACGACCAGGAGACCACCAGAGAACACAGAGACUGCCUCGACCCCAAACACAAAGACCACAGAGAGCUAGGCAGUGCCUCUCCCGUCUCCAAGAGAGCCCUACCCCCAUCGGACCCCUCCUCCUCCAGCACCCAGAGAUCUCAGGGAAGCUCUGAGCCCACCAGACCUAGCGAAAGCAGCCCUGGCAGGGACACGACGCAGGACAGAUACCCCUCUCCUCAGGUCUCCAUCUCCGUGGAGAACCAGCCCGGGAGGGGGAAGGCUGAGGGAGAAGAGCCCAGAGUAGAGCGCUCCUCAGCGGGGAGACUGAGCCAGCAGGCCAGCCUAGGAAACCUAGAGAAGGAGAUGAGUGGUGGAAAGCCCCACCAACACCCAGCCUCACUCCUACAGCCCCCCAGGACUGACAACAGGGCAGGGGUGCCCAGAGCUGUCAGAGAGAGAGAGAGAAAGAAAGAGAGAGAGUGGCAGAUGCAAAAGAUGAGGGAGAAGAUGGAGAAGGAGAGAGAUGAGGAGGGAGAUAAAGAGGUCGAUAGGGAGAAGGAGAGAGAGGGGGUCGAUAGGGAGAAGGAGAGAGAGAGAGGGGUUGAUAGGGAGAAGGAGAGAGAGAGAGGGGUUGAUAGGGAGAAGGAGAGAGAGAGAGGGGUGGGUAGGGAGAAGGAGAGAGGGAGGGAGAACCCUAAAGUCAGACCUCCUCCCUCGGUCCCUUCUUCCAGACCCCCUCCCUCGGUCCCUUCUUCCAGACCCCCUCCCUCGGUCCCUUCUUCCAGAUCUCCUCCCUCGGUCCCUUCUUCCAGACCUCCUCCUGACCUGGUCAGAGAGACUGAUGAGGCCUUCGAACCUGACUACAGCGAGGGAGAGAUCUCAGAGGGGGAGGAGGAAGGAGAGAGAGCGCUGGAGGGAGAGCGAGCGCUGGAGGGAGAGAGAGCGCUGGAGGGAGAGCGAGAGGUGGAGGGAGAGAGAGAGGUGGAGGGAGAGAGAGAGGAGCAUGGGGGGGGCAGCGGCAGAAGUCGUAGCAGCAGCGCCAGCUCUGUCGGUAGCCUGGGCAACAAGAAAGACAAGAAGAAGAAAGAUAGAAAAGAGAAGAAGAAACAGAAGAAGAAGAAGAAGAAGAAGGAUAGAAAGCAGAAGAGACAGGGGAGCCUGGACGCUGAGGAGGGAGAGAUCACGGGACUGAAACACAAACACAAGAAGAAGAACAAGGAGAAAGAGGAGAGAGAAGAAGAAGAAGAGGAGGAGGAGGAGGAGGAGGAGAGAAGAGGAGAAGACCAAAUGGCUAGCGUGGCCUUAUGAGACGUUUUCGUUGUGAAGCAUUUUUCGACACGUUUCAGCCCAAGGCUCGUGGCCCCUAAACCUCUUAUUCCCUAACUAGUGCACGACUUCAGGACAAGCCUAGUGUACUAAAGAAGGGAAUUCGGGUGCCAUUUUUCAGAGGAAAGAGACUUGGUUUUUUCUUCCCUCCUGUCAGUGAACUGUAAGGUCCUCAGAGAGGCAUCACACAGCCUGUAUUCCAAACACCUAUUCCCUAUAUAGGGCACUACGUAGGGGACGUGGGUGUCGUUUGUGACGGAUCCCGUAGUGUAGAUCGUAAAGAGGACUUAAACCGCUCUGAUCUAAGGGGGAUGUUUUGUUUUUUUUUGCUGAGGAUUUGAAAUAAUUUAAUGAAUUUAAAGGCUGAUGUAUAAAAUAAAUCUAUAAUUUCUUUUUUUUUGACUCUGCUAAAACAGAGGCUGUUUGCUUGGACGAGUCGGUUUACUUGAAUGAUGCUUCGAACUUUGAUUUCUAUUUUUUUUUGUUGUGUGUGUUUAAAAAAUAAAUACAAGGAUGUAAUUGCUAAACCUCGAUUUGUCCCUCCCGUCCCCGGUCUCUUCCCC